GGAAAUGAGAGUCUGGCACGAUGGCAGUACUAGUGCUGGAUUCAUAUUUCAUGGUCUCAUAAAACCACCCAUAGUCCGUCUCCUUUUGAUCGUCCGAGCGUAGUGGAUCGAGUCGAGUGACCGCAGUGAACCGAGGCCCAAACCUGGAGAGUGCAAGAGUGUGCGGGCGUAUCGGUAUUACCGCCUCCGCCAUGCGGGGAACCCCCCAAAAUGCCGCCAACCCACGGGACGCGUGACGAUACCGAACCGGCGAUCGGCUGCGACGGUCGGUUUCCCUCCAGCCGAGGUUCCUCUGCUUCUCCUGCUUCUUCUUCUUUCUCCCGUCCUUCAUCUGCUCGCUCCUCGCCGGCUUUUCUUCUCUCCCAUUCUUAACUUUUUAACCUCAAACUCUCCUCUUCUCCUAUCCAUCCUCUAUCCCUCCUCCUUCUUUCUUUCCCAUCGUUUCCGUUAUACUCGAGAGGGAUGUUCACAGCUUCUGCCCGAAGCCGUCUCUCCACUCUCUCGCGGCCUCGUCUCUCCCCGACUAACUCUCUUCUCGCUAGAUCUGCUGCGGCUCCAAUUAUGGCCCCUAGUCGCAAGGCCUCGUCGGUCCCAGAGGGCUACAAGGAAGACCUCUCCAAGGGCAACCUGCUUCGUUUCGAAGACUCUCUCCCCCGUCUACCAGUCCCCAGCUUGGAAGAAACCGCUCGUCGCUACUUGAAGUCCGUUCACGCCCUGGUUUCGGACGCCGAGUAUGAGCGCACCAAGAAGGCCGUGGAGGCUUUCGUGAAGCCCGGUGGUGAAGGCCAGUCGCUGCAGGAACGGCUGCUGGCCCGCGCCGCCGACCCCAAGACCAAGAACUGGCUCACCGAGUGGUGGAACCACGCCGCCUACCUGGGCUACCGCGACCCCGUCAUUCCUUAUGUCUCCUACUUCUACUCCUACCGGGAUGACCGCGCCCGGCGCAACCCGGCCAAGCGCGCCGCAUCUGUCGCGACCGCCGCCCUGGAGUUCAAGCGCCAGGUGGACGACGGCUCGCUGGAGCCGGAAUACAUGCGCAGCCAGCCCAUGGCCAUGAGCUCGUACGAGUACAUGUUCAACUGCUGCCGUAUCCCCGCCGACGGCGCGGAUUACCCUCAGAAGUACGCCGCCAAGGACAACGAGCACAUCGUGGUGGUGCGCAAGAACCAGUUCUUCAAGGUGCCUCUGGUGGUGAACGGCCAGAAGCUGAACGUGUCGGAGCUGGAGAAGCAGUUCGAGCGCAUCUACCAGGUCGCGCAGCCGGCUCCGGCGGUCGGCACGCUGACCGUGGCGAACCGGGACCUCUGGACCGAUGCUCGGAAGAAGCUGCUGGCGGCGCACCCGGCCAACGAGCAGGCCUUGCGCGACAUCGAGUCCAGCGGGUUCGUCAUCUGCCUCGACGAUGCCAACCCCGUCACCCUGGAGGAGCGGGCGCAUCAGUACUGGCACGGCGACGGCGCCAACCGCUGGUUCGACAAGCCCCUGCAGUUCAUCAUCAACGACAACGGCACCGCCGGCUUCAUGGGCGAGCACAGCAUGAUGGACGGCAGCCCCACCCACCGUCUGAACGACCACCUCAACAACCUCAUUUUCAACAACCGCAUCGACCUGUCCGAGCAGUCGGUUCGCUCUGACCUGCCCGACCCCCGCCCCGUCAACUUCCACCUGAACAACGAAGUGCUGGACUCCAUCGACGCCGCUACCAAGGAGCACCGCCAGCAGAUCUCCUCGCACGAGCUGCGCGUGCAGGCCUACCAGGGCUACGGCAAGGGUCUCAUCAAGAAGUUCAAGUGCAGCCCGGACGCCUACGUGCAGAUGGUCAUCCAGCUGGCCUACUUCAAGAUGUACGGCAAGAACCGACCCACCUACGAGUCGGCCUCGACGCGUAAGUUCCAGGAGGGCCGCACCGAGACGAUCCGCACCGUGUCGGACGACAGCGUGGCCUUCUGCAAGGCCAUCUCCGACCCGGCGGUGUCGCGCGAGGAAACCGUGCGUCUCUUCCGAUCGGCGCUGGCCGCCCACAGCAAGUACACCGCCGAGGCCAGCGACGGCCGCGGCGUCGACCGCCACCUCUUCGGUCUGAAGAAGCUGCUUCGCGAGGGCGAGAAGCUGCCCGCCAUCUACGAGGACCCGGCCUUCGCCUACAGCGCCUCCUGGUACCUGUCGACCAGCCAGCUGAGCUCGGAGUUCUUCAACGGCUACGGAUGGAGCCAGGUCAUUGACGACGGAUUCGGAAUUGCCUACAUGAUCAACGAGAACAGCCUCAACUUCAACAUCGUCUGCAAGCGCAUCGGCGCCGAGCGCAUGAGCUACUACUUGAACGAGGCCGCCUCGGACUUGCGGGACCUGCUCAUGCCCGAUCUGGCUGCCCAGUCCGAGAAGGCGAAGAUGUAAGAAUAAGAUAUGUAAUAGAGCAGAUAAUUUACUUGAUAGAUUGAAUUUACAUUUUUGGCACUUUC